AUGGUUGUAAUACUUUACAAAAGUUCUAGUUCAUUAUCAUCAGAAUUUGGAGAAAUGGUUUCAGCAAAUGAUUUGGAAAAUCAUAACAAAUUAAUAUUAACUGCAGAUUUAAUUGAUUUCACUAGUUGA